ACACCUCCCAGCUCUCCAGGCUCAGCCGCCAUUUCCUCGCCUGGCCUAACGGUCCGGCCAAUCCCAGCGCGCAUCGAGAAGGGCUAAGGCUCCGCCAAUCGGAGGCCGCCGAUUUCGACCCCUUGCCUCGGCCCGGCCCAAUCCAGGCUCCGGCCCCAUCGCCCCCGACCCGCCCCCGCGGCGCCCUCUCUCCUCCCUCUUUGUGCGUCUCGCGCCGCCGCCGCCGCCCGCCGCGUGAGAGGACGGGCUCCGCGCGCUCCGCGGCAGCACAGUCAGGUCCCCUCCCCCCAGAAGAUUCGCGAAGGAGAAACCGCCGCCGAAGAGGAGCCGCCGGUGCCGGUCCCUGGGGGGCGCCAUGGCGACCGGAGCGAACGCCACGCCGCUGGGUAAGCUGGGCCUCCCUGGCCCCAAAAGGGGCUUCGAGCCGGGGCCACCGCCUGCCCCCGGGCCUGGGACGGGGCUGCUGGUGUCCGGGCCGCCGCCGCCGCCGCCCCCGCCCGUGGGCUCGGUGGGGGCCCUGACCGCGGCCUUCCCCUUCGCGGCGCUGCCGCCGCCGCCCCCGCCGCCCCCGCCGCCGCCCCCCCCGCCUCCCCAGCAGCCGCCGCCGCCCUCCCCGGGCUCCUCGUACCCGUCGCCGCAGCCGCCCCCUCCGCCGCCGCUCUACCAGCGCGUGUCGCCACCGCAGCCGACACCCCAGCCGCCGCGUCAGGACCAGCAGCCGGGCCCGGCCGGUGGCGGAGGAGACUUUCCCAGUAAGAAGCGGAAGAGGAGCCGCUGGAACCAAGACACAAUGGAACAGAAGACGGUGAUUCCAGGAAUGCCUACAGUUAUCCCCCCUGGACUUACUCGGGAACAAGAAAGAGCUUAUAUAGUGCAACUGCAGAUAGAAGACCUGACUCGUAAACUGCGCACAGGAGACCUGGGCAUCCCCCCUAACCCUGAGGACAGGUCCCCUUCCCCUGAGCCCAUCUACAAUAGCGAGGGGAAGCGGCUUAACACUCGCGAGUUCCGCACCCGCAAAAAGCUUGAAGAGGAGCGGCAUAACCUCAUCACGGAAAUGGUUGCCCUCAACCCUGAUUUCAAGCCACCUGCAGAUUACAAACCUCCAGCAACACGUGUGAGCGAUAAAGUAAUGAUUCCACAAGAUGAGUAUCCAGAAAUCAACUUUGUGGGGCUGCUGAUUGGGCCCAGAGGGAACACCUUGAAGAACAUAGAGAAGGAGUGUAAUGCCAAGAUCAUGAUCCGGGGGAAAGGCUCUGUGAAAGAAGGGAAAGUCGGGCGCAAAGAUGGCCAGAUGCUGCCAGGAGAAGAUGAGCCGCUUCAUGCCCUGGUUACUGCCAAUACCAUGGAGAAUGUGAAGAAAGCAGUAGAACAGAUAAGAAACAUUCUGAAGCAGGGUAUCGAGACUCCUGAGGACCAGAACGAUCUACGGAAGAUGCAGCUUCGAGAGUUGGCUCGUUUGAAUGGGACCCUUCGGGAAGAUGAUAACAGGAUCUUAAGACCCUGGCAGAGCUCGGAGACCCGCAGCAUUACCAAUACCACAGUGUGUACCAAGUGUGGAGGGGCAGGCCACAUUGCUUCCGAUUGCAAAUUCCAAAGGCCUGGUGACCCCCAGUCAGCUCAGGAUAAAGCGCGGAUGGAUAAAGAAUACUUGUCCCUCAUGGCCGAACUGGGGGAGGCACCUGUGCCCGCAUCUGUGGGCUCCACCUCUGGGCCUGCCACCACACCCCUGGCCAGUGCACCUCGGCCCGCUGCUCCCGCCAGCAAUCCACCUCCACCGUCUCUCAUGUCCACUACCCAGAGCCGCCCACCCUGGAUGAAUUCUGGCCCGUCAGAGAGUCGGCCCUACCAUGGCAUGCACGGAGGUGGCCCUGGUGGGCCCGGAGGUGGCCCGCACAGCUUCCCACACCCGUUACCCAGCCUGACGGGCGGGCACGGUGGACAUCCCAUGCAGCACAACCCGAAUGGACCCCCUCCUCCUUGGAUGCAGCCGCCGCCACCACCGAUGAACCAGGGCCCCCACCCACCUGGGCACCAUGGCCCUCCUCCAAUGGAUCAGUACCUGGGAAGUACGCCUGUGGGCUCUGGGGUCUAUCGCCUGCAUCAAGGAAAAGGUAUGAUGCCGCCACCACCUAUGGGCAUGAUGCCGCCGCCGCCGCCGCCUCCCAGUGGGCAGCCUCCACCCCCUCCCUCUGGUCCUCUUCCCCCAUGGCAGCAGCAGCAGCAGCAGCCUCCACCGCCCCCUCCGCCCAGCAGCAGUAUGGCUUCCAGUACCCCUUUGCCAUGGCAGCAAAAUACGACGACUACCACCACGAGCGCUGGCACAGGGUCCAUCCCGCCAUGGCAACAGCAGCAGGCGGCUGCCGCAGCUUCUCCAGGAGCCCCUCAGAUGCAAGGCAACCCCACUAUGGUGCCCCUGCCCCCAGGGGUCCAGCCGCCUCUGCCGCCCGGGGCCCCUCCCCCUCCGCCGCCUCCGCCGCCUGGUUCCGCCGGCAUGAUGUAUGCCCCGCCCCCUCCUCCUCCGCCUCCCAUGGACCCUUCUAACUUUGUCACCAUGAUGGGCAUGGGGGUGGCGGGCAUGCCACCCUUCGGGAUGCCUCCAGCUCCCCCACCGCCUCCACCACAGAACUAGACUCGGUUUUUUAAGAAAAUAUAUAUUAUAUAUAGAGAGAAUUGGUCUCGUUUAAACACACGCCGAACCUCACCAUAUGGAGCCAGACAUUGGGACGCACGCAUGUGAUUGUGUGCACGCAUGUGUGUGUGUGCACGCACCGGGCUGGGCCAAGCGACUGAGGCCUCGCUUAGGAACGGGCAGGUGGUAGUAGGGGCGCCAGCUUGGGCUCUCCUGGCGCCCCGUAGCAUCGAGUGUCUUCUUUGUCUUCUUUCUCUCCUCACCCAAAUCCCUUUGCCUCUCCCCAAACCGGGCCGCCAGGAUCCCUCCCCGCGGCGGCGAUGGCCCGAGCCAUGAGAGUGAGGACUUUCCGCGCCCAUUGGUGACCCUUCCAGGCAGACAGCCUCAGCAGCGCCCCUGGUGGACAGGAUGGUUCGGCAAAGCAGCCUGAGUUAUUUUUAUGGACGGAAUCGGAACACGCUGGCUCCAUAUUGUGAAAUUUUUUAUUAAUUUUUUCUUUUUCCUUUGUUAUUUCCUUAUCUUUUCCUUUCUUCAGACUCCGUCCAAGGAGAUGCUCUCCCCGGUCUUCUGCUGCAAUUAGAUUCCUUUCCCUUUUUCAUUCCUCAUUCUUCUCUUUCUAAGGAGAGAGGAACAAAUGGUUCUUAGGCAAAGGCUUUUGGCCACCAAUGUCAGGCUAGUGGGGGGUUCCUUUGGUUCUAAGAUUUUCAAGGUGCCAUAGUCGCCCUGAGAUUUUUUUUUCCCCUAAUUUUAAGCGUGGGGUUUUGUCUCUGUCACCUUUGUAGACUAGCGGGUUGACCCCCAGGUCCAGGGUCCAUUUCCGUCCUGGCAUCCCUGCCAGCAGUCGGGGCCACCUAUGCUGCCGUGGGCUUGUCUGCCAGCCAGGAGCGCCCUUUCCACGCCCCUGAGCACCUGAGCUGCCUCAGAUUCCAUUUGUUCCUCUCUUUCCUGGAAGGUUUCCUUUUCAAAUUUAUUUUAGUCCCAAAUGUCAGUGUUUUGCAGUGUCUAGGGGUUUGAGCCCUUUGUUUUCCAUUCUGCUUCUUUUUUUUCCUCCUUCCUCUUAAUGGUGUGAUUAUGUUGAUAAUAAUGUAUAAUGCGCGUUCUCUUCACUGGUUUAUCUGCAGAAAUUUCUCUGGGCUUUUUUUUUUUUUUUUUUUUUUUUUUUUUUGGUGUAUGAUUCAACACUGCGUUAAAGGGGGAUGUUCCAUUGAAUAAAAGAGCAGUGUGGUUUUCUGGGUCUGUUUAUUUCCUUUUGUUUUAAAUCCCCUCUGCCACCAUCAGCACCAGCACCAGUUACCUUACCUGCGUUCAGCUCCUGGCCAUACUUGUCCUUUUCUUCCUGGAGAGCCUCUGGGACCUUCAUUAAGGAAGCCCCCAUCUACCUCCCUGUGUAGUUUCGCUGAGGGAAGCUGGUGUGUGGGCGGCCCCACCUCCUCCCUCUGCCUUAGUAGUUAAUGGCUGAGAACCUGGUGACCCCCUCCCUGGUCUCUCUUUUCGAAGGCCUUUCCCUGGGGCUUGGACCUCCCCAUGCGAUGAGCUCCAGUUGUGAUUUGUACUUGGAAGCUGCCACCUGACUGUGAGGUCCUGGGCCUAGGGAGGCAUCGGCACUAAAGGUCAAGCCAACUAAUCCUGCCUGUCAGGCUCAGAGCUGCUAAAGUUAAAACCGUCAAGUGGCUUUUUCUCUCUCUGCUGGUGACUCGCAGCCUGCCACACUGCAGGCUUCGGGGAGAGGUGGGGCAGGAGAAGGGGACUCACCUUGUGCUUUGUAAGCACUUCACAGAGGGUCUCAGGCUGUUUUGGUCUUUGGUGUCUGGGGUGGUAGAUAGGGCCCAUGGUGGCACCAGAAAAGUACAUCUCAGGACAUAACAUGGGGCAGUGAGGGUCUUGUUCAGCUGCUGCUGCUUUGCUACAGUUCCCUUGGGGAGAGCUGCGCUGGGGCCUGCCCUUUCCCACUAGCUUUCCUUCCUUCCAGGAGGCUGAGGGACAGCAAGCUUCUGUUGCCCACGGCUCCUGGCCAGCGGGGACGGCACAACGCUGGCCUGGGCUGCUUUCCAGCUUCAGGCUGGGGCUGGCCGCUGCUGUUUUAUCUGGAGCAGAGCCUUGCGUGUCUGGGCCCCAUCCAGGGUGCCUGUGUUUGCUGUAGGCCCAGCAGGGGUUAAUGAAGCCUCAGAACCCAGACCUGUUCCCUGGGUCUUCCUAAGCAAGCCCUAAACUUCAGUUGACUGAAAGGGAGCAGGGAGAUUUUUUCUCUUUGUUCUUAGCUGACAGAAUGGGGGCAGGGCCUGGGGCCUGGCAACUCUCUUUGACUUCGGCUUCAUCUCAUUGCUUCCCCCCACAAGCUUGGUUUCCCUGGUGGGCUCAUGGGGCAGUUAAUUAGCUCUUUGAAGCUCUGGAAGAGGCAAAGUGGCGCUAUGUGGGUUUUAGAAAUAAAAUCAAUAAAUGACUUAACCACA